GGCGAGCUGAUGUCUAAGGGAGUCACUCGGAGGAGGCAAGGCAGGCAGGCACCGCUCAACUUCUCCGCCUUGGCUGCUGCGGCUCGGCGCCACGACGCGGGAUCGCCCCGGAGCGGACGAAGCUGCCAGGCUUGGGCACUCCUCCUCCUCUUCUUCUUCCUCCCCUUCUUCUUCUUCCUCGUCAUGGCCAAGCUGCGGUCGGGGAACUGACUCCGUUGACCGGGAGCCACUUGAGCGCCGCCGCCGCCGCCCCCUCCUUCGCCUCCUUCCUUCCUUCCUUCGCGAUGUAUUACUCGUUGCUCUCCGCCUGCACUUGCUUGUGUUUACACCUCCUGCUGCUGUGCCUCCAGGUACAGAUGUUUGUCGCUGAAGAAAAUGUGGAUUUUCGGAUACACGUGGAAAACCAAACGCGAGCGCGGGAUGACGUCAGCAGAAAGCAGCUCAGGCUCUAUCAGCUGUACAGUAGGACAAGUGGGAAACAUAUCCAAGUGAUGGGGAGAAGGAUCAGUGCCAAAGGAGAAGAUGGAGACAAAUAUGCCCAGCUUCUAGUGGAAACAGACACAUUUGGCAGUCAAGUCCGGAUCAAAGGGAAAGAGACAGACUUUUACCUUUGCAUGAACAGGAAAGGCAAGCUAGUAGGGAAGCCGGAUGGCACCAGCAAAGAAUGUGUCUUCAUUGAGAAAGUCCUAGAGAACAACUACACAGCGCUCAUGUCGGCAAAGUACUCCGGCUGGUAUGUCGGUUUCACCAAAAAGGGGAGGCCUCGGAAAGGGCCCAAGACACGAGAAAACCAGCAAGACGUUCAUUUUAUGAAACGAUAUCCAAAGGGUAUAGUGGAUUUACAGAAACCUUUCAAGUAUACCACAGUGACCAAGAGGACUAGGAGAAUACGACCCACCAACCCCAGUUAAAAGACAAAGACAGUGUCAGGAGAAUAAACUACGAAAGAUAGACUGUACCAGAGAAAUAUUUUUACACUAAAAAUAAGGGAGAAGCUCUAUUUUUGUACAUUGUUUUUAAUUUUUUUUUAAAAAAAGACAGUUGAAAAAACAAACCCACUGGGGAAGCUGUAAAAGAUUUAUUGUAACUUGAAGAAGAAGAAGAAGAAAAAUGAAUGGCUCUAUUUAAAUUGACUUUUUUCAUGCUGUGGAUUGACAUACAGGUGCUUACUUCUCUUUUUGGAAUGGACAACCUUUUGGAAUGGACAACUUUUCCAAGCCAAUCCCUAAAGGGGAAAAGUUCAUCUGAAAAGAAUAAUAAUAAUAAUAUUAAUAUUAAUAAAAACCAAAACCACAAACCAAAGAAAACCAAAGUUCGUUUCCCAAAGUCCCUGAAAACCCUUGGAUAAUUCUCUGGUGUUGCAGUGAUCUGUUUUAUUGUCUGAUACAAGUCCGACCGAGACAAGUUGGUCUGCAAAUCUGUCAUUGAGCGUCCGUGGAGAGCUCAAUACCUCAGUCUUUUGUAACCUUUCCGACGACAUAAGGUGUCACGCCUCUGUGAUCCUGCAUUAUGAUGCUCACUUCUGGAGAAUGCUGCUAAUGACCUUCAAGUGACUAAGUAAAAUAACCUAAUAACACCAAUGAUAAGGGAAUAUUUUAAAACCAGCUCUAUUAUAUAUAUAAAUAUAUAUUAUAUAUAUAAGCUAUUUAUUUCACCUCUCUGUAUAUUGCAGUUCCAUGAACCAAGUAUUACUGCCUCAACAAUUAAAAAGGAAAUUAUUUAAAAACAUGAA